UCAAGGUUGCGUUUGCAGUGAUCACAGACGGACUCAGAUAAACCGGAGCAGCUGACACGUAAACGCAGCAGAUUCUCCUCUAGUUCCGCUGUUCGUGUUCGGAUUUUCCUCUCUCAGCCCAGCGGCCAUGGACGAAAUGGAAGAAGAGUUAAAAUGCCCUGUGUGCGGCUCUUUUUACCGGGAGCCCAUCAUCCUUCCGUGCUCCCAUAACAUCUGCUUGGCUUGUGCACGGAACAUCCUGGUGCAGACGCCGGACGCGGAGUCUCCGCAGAGCAGCCGCGCCUCCGGCUCCGCCGUGUCCGACUAUGACUACCUGGAUCUGGAUAAGAUGAGUUUGUACAGUGAGGCGGACAGCGGCUACGGCUCCUACGGGGGCUUCGUCAGCGCCCCCACCACCCCGUGCCAAAAAUCACCGAACGGGGUGCGGGUGUUCCCCCCCGCCGUCCCCCAGCCCGCGCCGCCACAGCACCUCCUGCCGCAGCCCGGCUCCCUGCCGCCGAUCCCCCGCAACUCCUGCAUCACCUGUCCGCAGUGCCACCGCAGCCUCAUCCUCGACGACCGGGGUCUCCGCGGCUUCCCCAAGAACCGGGUCCUGGAGGGGGUCGUGGACCGGUACCAGCAGAGCAAGGCGGCCGCUCUGAAGUGUCAGCUGUGCGAGAAGAGUCCGAAGGAGGCCACCGUCAUGUGUGAGCAAUGCGACGUCUUCUACUGCGACCCGUGCCGCCUGCGGUGCCACCCUCCCCGCGGACCCCUGGCCAAGCACCGCCUGGUGCCCCCCGCGCAGGGACGCAUAAGCCGCCGCGCGAGUCCCCGCAAAAUCUCCACGUGCACAGAACACGAACUGGAGAACCUGAGCAUGUACUGUGUCCAGUGUAAGACACCAGUCUGUUACCAGUGUUUGGAAGAAGGAAAGCACGGAACACACGAGGUCAAAGCUCUGGGCGCAAUGUGGAAACUGCACAAGGGUCAGCUGUCUCAGGCACUCAACGGCCUUUCAGACCGAGCCACUGAAGCCAAGGAGUUCCUGGUCCAGCUCAGAAACAUGGUUCAGCACAUUCAGGAGAAUGGAGUGGAGUUUGAGGCGUGUUUGGUCGCACAGUGUGAUGCCCUCAUCGAUGCUCUGAACCGGCGUAAGGCCCAGCUGUUGGCCCGGGUCAACAAAGAGCAUGAACACAAGUUGAAGGUGGUCCGGGAUCAGAUAUCCCACUGCACAGUGAAGCUUCGUCAGACCACCGGGCUGAUGGAAUACUGUCUGGAGGUCAUUAAGGAGAACGACCCCAGUGGGUUCCUCCAGAUCUCAGAUGCUUUGAUUCGGAGGGUUCACAUGACAGAGAGUCAGUGGGGGAAGGGGACACUGACCCCGAGGAUGACCAGUGACUUCGACCUCACUCUGGACAGCGGACCGCUGCUGCAGACCAUCCAUCAGCUGGACUUUGUCCAGAUGAAAGUCCCAGCUGCUCCCAUGCUCCAGCUAGAGGAAUGCUGCACUCAAAACAACAGUGCUACGUUGUCAUGGAAACAACCACCACUCUCCACCAUCACUGUGGAUGGAUACAUCCUAGAGCUGGACGAUGGAAACGGGGGUCCAUUCAGGGAGGUGUACGUGGGGACAGAGACCAUCUGCACGGUGGACGGCCUUCACUUCAACAGCACAUAUAAGUCCAGAGUGAAAGCCUUCAACGCCAGCGGAGUGGGACAGUACAGCAAGACACUGAUCAUGCAGACCUCGGAAACUGGACUCCCUCCAUGUGAUAUUCAGUCUAUAGGCACAGUUGCUUGGUUCACCUUUGACCCGGCCUCAGCCCACCCCGACAUCGUCUUCUCCAACGACAACCUGACGGUGUCCUGCAAUAGCUACGAUGACAGGGUGGUCAUGGGAAACUCUGCUUUCUCUCGUGGAGUUCACUACUGGGAAAUAACCGUCGACCGCUACGACAACCACCCAGACCCCGCGUUUGGGAUCGCACGAAGCGAUGUCCUGAAGGAUGUGAUGCUGGGGAAGGACGACAAGGCCUGGGCCAUGUACGUGGACAACAACCGCUCCUGGUUCAUGCACAACAACUCACAUACAAACAGGACGGAUGGAGGCAUCACCAAAGGCUCAAGUAUCGGAGUUUUGCUGGACUUCACCCGUGGAAUCCUGAUUUUCCUCAUCAAUGAUGAGCAGCAGGGUCCAGUGGCUUUCGAAGGCUUGGAAGGAGUUUAUUACCCUGCAAUCAGCUUAAACCGAAAUGUCCAGGUCACCCUUCAUACUGGUCUACCCAUCCCUGAUUUCUACACCCCUGGAGAGGCUGACCCCACCAGCUCAGUGUGCUAAGAGUCCUCUCCUUUACAGGAACAGAAGAAAAGAAAAGAAAAUACAUUUGCGGAACUUUCUGGGGUUCAUCCACUGAUCCCCCCUCCCAUCACUUUCCCCUCAACCCCCACAAUUGUCCCACUGACCUACCCCCCCCCCCCCCCCCCCCAGAGGUUGAUAGACCCCUCCAGCGCUGAGCCAUGGCUUUAUCACGCCCCAAACAUGAACAUUUGCACAAACCGUAGUAAAAGGUGAUGCAGAAAACCUGAAGUUGGACCAAACUGCCAUUUAGUUGUAAAUUUGCUGGAAUGUUAUUUCUUACACAUAAGGUGUUAUUGAUGAUAGGAUGCUGUUUUAUAAAUGAGUGUAAUGAGUGUAAGAAAAAAAAAACAUCAUUCUGUACCACACACAUACGCUUUAUCCGUCACUCUUUCAAAAACACACAUAAACAAGAUUUCCUGUAUAUUUCUUGUCUUCACACAGUUUAACCACCAGGGGGAGCUUGUGAGUUCACUUCAUUUGUGUGUGUGGGUGUGGGUGUGUGCGUGGGUGUGUGCGUGUCAAUAGUGUACAUGUCAGCCACAUCACAUCCUCUCCUCGUCCGUGUAAAUUCAUUAGUGGCUUAGCUUGUGUGAACCCUCUGUAAUGUUUAUUAAAAAAGCAUUAAAUACAGCUUCGCCGUUCUAAAAAUGCAGCCUUUCUCUGCAGUGCAGCUCUUUAACUGGAGGGGGGUGAUUUAUUGUACUAUAUACAGGUGUUUGUGUGCAUUGAAGUGAAUUAGAGGUUGGUUCCAGACACUGACUGUGACGCUGUAUGAAUAAGGUGCUACAGAAGCUCGCUUAAGUCUAGCUUUUUUUACUGUAGGUGACUGAAUUCUGGUAGUUUUGUAAUAUUGUCAUUGAAAUGAUCUAUUGCAGACUGAAGUGUAUAGAUAAGUAAGUUAUUGAUGUUCAGAAUUUUCAGUGAUUAAUGACCACUGUUGCUUUAUUUGAUGUAUAGUUAUUACAGAAAGGAACAGAUGUUUUCUUUAUUGUUUUUAAAAUGUGGUUUAUUCUGGAACUGGGGAACCAUUUUGUGUCUCAUGAAUUACUUUACUUUUGCAGUUGUAUUUUCUUAAAAGAAAAA